CUGUUAUCUACCCAAAAUGGAGUAAAUAGUAUCAUAUACUACUAAGCUGAAAGUGAGAAGGGUCACAAUAGUGUUUGUGGAAUAGCUUUCGGUGAGAAAGCUGAAAACAUUCUAGCCUCACCAAAAGCAGUAUAAUUUUCUCAACACUUCAGAAAGAGCUUUUCCAAAAAAAUGAUGUAAUGUUGAGGCAGAAGACGAAAUAUCAACUGGAAAGAAAACAAGUCUUGCUGGAAUUGAAAGCACAAAGCAUUUAAACAACAGUGAAGAGACAUGUUCAACUGAAUUGUUUUACAGUGAAGUUUGAUCUUGAGUCUGAUGAGGAAACAUCGUUAACUGGAAAAAAGCGAUCUAAUGCAGCCGGUGGUAAAAGCAAAAAAGGAUUUUAAAAACAUUGACGGGUGUGAUGACAUGUUCAACAAGCUGCUCCUUGAGUGAAGCGCAACCAUCUGGAACCAACAAGGAAAAUGUCGAUGAAAUUGCUUCUCAGGAUGAAGUUUUAAAACGAAAAAGGCAACCAAAGGGAAAAAGCUUGAAGCAAAGGAAGCCAAGCCAAAAAAUGGGAAAAAAUAAUCCAAAAGCCCAUGAAGUGACCGAAAAAAUUUCUGCCGAAAGUUCAUCGUGUAAUGAUGGCGUAUCACUAACUGAAAAUGUGUUUGCGACCCAAACAGAAAAUGAAGAUUUCUCUGCAAUGGAAGAUAGGGGUCUAAUAACAGAUAUGGUUGCUGAAGAAUUGUCUGGAUGUCGUCGCUGGAACAAAGGUUUCCAAAGAAAAUUGGAUCAUCGAUAGUAGUAGUGAUUCUGAAUCGGAAAUGAAGGGCCAAUCCAGGGUCAGUCUCAUUGUUAAUAAACAAAGUAGAUGUAAUUUUAAUAUUAAAAAGGCUAUCGGAAAGUCUGAAAAUGCUUCUCGUAUAAAUGAGAUAAAAGACGCAAAUGGUAUGCAACAAAAAAUAUUUUAUUCAAUAUAAAAUGUAAUAAGUGUUAAUUUUUUUUAUAUGUCUUCCGAUGAUUUACCAACCAAAAAAAGGUUCAAGUUGUUAUAAAAGUGAUUGGUUUUCAUAAGUUGCAUUUCAGUUCUUAAGACCAUUGAAAUGCAGUUUUCAGUGUUAAGAGUAUCAAAAUACACAUAUUCAAGAAAGUAU